AUGUCAAAGAAAACCGAUACAAAAGCACAAGAAAAAUCAACAACUAUUAUCGAACAAUCAUCAUCUACUGUUCGAAAUGUUGAAAUUCAAACAAACGAUAAUUCAUUCACAAGAACAACAAUAGCAGGAGUAACAAUUGUAGAUAAUGCAUAUCAAUAUGUUGAUGUAAUGCCUACACUUAAUCCAUCAUCGUAUGUUCAUUUUAUUAAUGUAUCUUAUUCAGUACAACAAUCAUCAUAA